CUCCCGACUCACACUUUCCUUCUUCUUCUUCAACCAAACCAAACACCGAGGAGACGACAAUCUCCAUAUUGAAUAAUAAUAGUUUCACCAUCGAACUCCAAGAUAUAUUUUCUUCUCUUUGUCACAUUUCAUAAAAAGCCAAAUGAAACAACUCAUUCGCCGUCUCUCCCGCGUUGCCGAUACUUCCUCCCAAUACAGACUCCUCCGUUCGGACCGCAGCAACGCCACGCGUGGAUCCGAGUCAUUCCGCAUCGCCGUGUCCUUUUCCAAGAAGCAUGGACGCCGGUCGGUUCCCGAAGGACACGUGCCGGUUUAUGUAGGGGAAGAAAUGGAGCGGUUCGUGGUGAGCGCUGAGUUGCUGAACCACCCGGUUUUCGUUGGAUUGCUUAAUAAGUCGGCUCAGGAGUACGGGUAUGAGCAAAAAGGGGUGCUUCAUAUUCCCUGUCACGUGCUGGUUUUCGAACGGGUCAUGGAAGCGUUGAGACAUGGUGCGGAGUCACGUGACCUCCAAGACCUCCUCUGCUCUUUCGAUUUCUAAGAGGAAGAAAACGGUAAUAACAGUGUGUCGUUUUGGGUUGUGUAAAUAUAGGAGGUUAAAAUUUGUAGGGUUUUUUUUUUUCUGUUUAAUUUGUCCAGUCCGUUUAACAGAAAUGGAGGA